CGCGAGGGGAGACAGGGCGGGCGGCCGGGAGCGCGGCCAUCCGGGAGGCGGGUCAUGGCCUCGGGGCCGCCCGGGGAGCGGCUGCGCGAGGAGGCGCGGUGCCCCGUGUGCCUAGAUUUCCUGCAGGAGCCGGUCAGCGUGGACUGCGGCCACAGCUUCUGCCUCAGGUGCAUCUCUGAGUUCUGCGAGAAGUCGGACAGCGCGCAGGGCGGCGUCUACGCCUGUCCGCAGUGCCGGGGCCCCUUCCGGCCCGCGGGCUUUCGCCCCAACCGGCAGCUGGCGGGCCUGGUGGAGAGCGUGCGGCGGCUGGGGUUGGGCGCGGGGCCCGGGGCGCGGCGAUGCGCGCGGCACGGCGAGGACCUGAGCCGCUUCUGCGAGGAGGACCAGGCGGCGCUGUGCUGGUUGUGCGACGCCGGCCCCGAGCACAGGACGCACCGCACGGCGCCGCUGCAGGAAGCCGCCGGCCGCUACCAGGUAAAGCUCCAGAUGGCUCUGGAACUUGUGAGGAAAGAGUUGGAGGACACCUUGACUCAGGAGGCCAACAUGGGGAGAAAGACUGUCAUUUGGAAGGAGAAAGUGGAAAUGCAGCGGCAGCGCUUCAAAUUGGAGUUUGAGAAGCAUCGUGGCUUUCUGGUCCAGGAGGAGCAGCGGCAGCUGAGGUGGCUGGAGGCGGAGGAGCGAACGACACUGCAGAGACUGCGGGAGAGCAAGAACCGGCUGGCCCAGCAGAGCAAGGCCCUGAAGGAGCUGGCAGACGAGCUGCAGGAGAGGUGCCAGCGCCCGGCCCUGGGUCUGCUGGAGGGUGUGAGAGGAGUCCUGAACAGAAGUAAGGCUGUCACAAGGCUGGAAGCAGAGAACAUCCCCAUGGAACUGAAGACAGCGUGCUGCAUCCCUGGGAGGAGGGAGCUGCUGAGGAAGUUCCAAGUGGAUGUAAAGCUGGAUCCCGCCACGGCGCACCCGAGUCUGCUCUUGACCGCCGACCUGCGCAGUGUGCAGGAUGGAGAGCCAUGGAGGGAUGUCCCCAACAACCCUGAGCGAUUUGACACGUGGCCCUGCAUCCUGGGUUUGCAGAGCUUCUCAUCAGGGAGGCAUUACUGGGAGGUUCUGGUGGGAGAAAGAGCAGAGUGGGGUUUAGGGGUCUGUCAAGACACACUGCCAAGAAAGGGGGAAACCACGCCAUCUCCUGAGAAUGGGGUCUGGGCCCUGUGGCUGCUGAAAGGGAAUGAGUACAUGGUCCUUGCCUCCCCGUCGGUGCCUCUUCUCCAACUGGAAAGUCCUCGCUGCAUUGGGAUUUUCUUGGACUAUGAAGCCGGUGAAAUUUCAUUCUACAAUGUCACAAAUGGGUCUUAUAUCUACACAUUCAACCAACUGUUCUCUGGUCUUCUUCGGCCUUACUUUUUCAUCUGUGAUGCAACUCCUCUUAUCUUGCCACCCAUGACAGUCGCAGAGUCAGGAAACUGGGCAUCCAGGGAUCAAUUAGAUCCUGCUUCUGACGUAAGAGAUGAUCAUCUCUAAAAUUCUCUUCCCAAGAUGCAGUCCUAGCGUAGCAAACGUUCCUGGAGUGGGGUGAAGGAUAUCAAUAUACUAAGUUUUAACAGAUACCCCCAUAUAGGUCAGCACUUGAUUCCUUGUUGCCGUGAAAUAUUUCCAUGGGACAAAAGAGAGAAUAUGAAAUAUUUGCAUAUGGGAAGAUUAUAGAGCAUAAUACUUUUAUAAAUGGAGCAAUCUCAACCUCUAUUUCUAGAUCACAUUUUCUUGAUGUCUUCCUUCAAAUUAUUGACCUUGGAUUACAUAAGGAUUUCUAUCAUUCAUUAUAAUUUGUUAUUCCUUUCAAUAUCCUUGUAUUCCAAAUCUUCCAUGUAAGAAUUAGACAUGGCAAUUCUUAAAUUGAUUCAGAGUGGUCUGAUACUAUUCCAGUGUCACCUCCUUAAUUCUGUUUCUCCUGAUUUUCCUUCUCAUUCUCUCCUCCCCCCCCAUCUCUCUUUCCCUGUCUCUCUCUCUCUCUCUCGUUCCUUAUUUUUUGUUUCUUACCUCUUACUGUUUAACCUGUUGCUUCCUUCUACAUUAAUACCUUUAGAGCCAUUCCUUUAUACAGUCACAUUUCCUAUGACUUAAUUACUUUUAAAAUACUUUUUAUUCUGGGACUAAUUUUUAAGAAUUACAAAGCUCAUUCCUCUGAAUCUAAUAUCACUAACUCCUAGACAUUUUCCGUUUUCUCUGGAUACACUUUAAGUAGGAAUUUAUCAGAAUUUUCAUUCAUUUCUUUAACGUAGAUAUUUACUAGUUAUAAGAUCUUAAGGCUGGGUGCAGUGACUCAGUCCUGUAAUCCCAGCACUUUGGGAGGCUGAGGCGGGUGGAUCACAAGCUCAGGAGUUCGAGACCAGCCUGGCCAACAUGGUGAAACCCUGUCUCUACUAAAAAAAAAA